AUGCAUAUCUUAACUUACUGUGGAUUUAUACUUGUUAUCUGCACUAUUUGCUUAGCCGCCCCCGCUAAAUCAGCCAAUACAUGUGGUUACGAUGCAUGUAACCCAGGAGAUCCUAACAAACUAAACGUUCACAUUGUUGCGCAUACACAUGAUGAUGUUGGAUGGCUCAAAACAGUUGAUCAGUAUUAUUAUGGAUCACGUAAUGAUAUUCGACAGGCCGGAGUACAAUAUAUACUUGAUUCAGUUAUUCUUGCACUUGAUGAAAAUCCAGAUCGACGUUUCAUGUAUGUUGAAAUAGGGUUUUUCUGGCGUUGGUGGAAUCAACAAACUGAUGAUAUGCGUAAUAAAGUCAAACAGUUUGUCAAUCAAGGUCGUCUGGAAUUCAUCUCUGGUGGUUGGUGUAUGAAUGAUGAAGCAUCAACACAUUAUAACUCCAUCAUUGAUCAGCAUACGCUAGGUGCUGAGUUUCUUCAUGAACAAUUUGGUGAAUGUGGUCGACCAAAAGUUGGCUGGCAAAUUGAUCCAUUUGGUCAUUCUCGUGAGCAAGCUUCACUUUUUGCACAAGUAACAUCAUUUAUUUUGCUAUGA